UCUCUCGCUCGCUCUCUUCAAUACGCCAUGGCCAACAUGGCGGACAUUAAAACUCAACUGUGCGCUCUUCAGCCAACCCCAGCCAUUCCCCACACUGCAUCGCGCAGCGGCGCGGGCACGCGGGGGGGGGGGGGGAGCGCGGGCUCGAGGCCGGGCGCCGGCACGGAGCGCGCGUCCCGCCAACCCCCGGCGCCCGCCGGCCUCGCUGCUCGCGGCCCCCACCCUCUGCGGGCCCGGAGGCGGACGGGCGGGACCGGGCAGACUAGGCGCUCGGACGCCGGGAGCCGGCUCCUCGGUCCUCCUCUCCCUCUCGGGCACGCGCUCACUUUCUCACGCUCGCUCCCUCCCAGCGCCGUUUUCUGACAGGCGAAGGUGCAGGCAAACUAUCUCCA